UUCAUGUCCAGAUCAUCGCUUCAAAGACGAGAAGUCGUGGACAAGAUUGAGCAAGUGCUGCUUCACCCAUAUGACUAUGGCGACUCAUUUCUUGAACGAGCGGUAACCAAUGCACCGAACGGGUACAUGCCGCUGAACCUUUUACGCAGCAUGGUGUCUGUUCUUAAUCCGUUCCCAUUGGACUAUAUUCAGUAUUGUCUUCAAAGAGAAAACCCGGCUCAUCUCGAACUAAGCAACGAUGGUCACAGAGUGCGCUAUCGUGACCCUAAUCAACGCCGAGAAACCGACGCGUACGGUGCCUCACUACACGAUACAUCCACCUCUCCUUCCACGCCCAAGGUCCCUUUUACUGAAGAAAAUAACAAUGACAGUUCGACUAACGGUAACAUUAUCCUCCAUUAUUAACGUAAUCACCAUAGCAUGGAGCUCACACGUUGGUUGUAAAUGGACAAUAGAACAUGUGAAGAGCCCACAGAAAGCUCAGCAGCAACUGGUAAAACCUGUCAUUUUUGAGGACGGCAAAUUCUACUUUGACACAAAAGCCGGGGAAGAAGCCAAUGCGGACAAGCCUGGCCUGUGGGUACCGGAUUAUGGGAUUGAGAAUGCGGAACCUCUUGGAUUGGUCAAACGCACGAGUGAAGCAAGUGUUUCGGGCCCUGUCUGCUGGAAUUGCGGACAGCCAGGCCACAAGCUGAGCGAAUGCCCGGAACCACGUAAUGAGAAGCGAAUCCAAGCUAUGCGAAAAGAUAUACAAGCCGCUCCGCCGACAGGACGAUUUUUUGUGGAAUUACAGCUACGAAAUGAGGUGGCAUCUGCAGCCCCGGGGCACUUGUCGCAACGUCUAAAGGAUGCGCUAGACAUGUAUUUUGAUGAUGACGAACCGCCUUACUAUUCGAGAAUGCGGAUACAUGGUUAUCCACCAGGCUACUGGGGUUCCCCUGAUAUUCGUGCUGCCAACGAACAGUAUAAAGGGAAAACCACCCUGGAAAAGUGGAUUUUAGAAGAAAAGAAUGGCGAUAAAGAUCCUCUGCUAAAAAUAUACGAUGGUAAACAGGCAGUAACAGAUGAGGCUUCCGAUCAGGCUGCUACUUCCAGAGAUCUCAACACGGAAACAGAGCCCUCAGCGAGGUCCUUGGCACGUCCUCCGUUAUCUUCUUCAGAAAGGGUGCAACUUGUUGAUUACCCGGGACUGCAAUUCUUGGAUACGUCCCGUUUGGAUCAGGUCAUAACUGAUGGAUCAUCACACCUGAUUUCCCAUCAGAAUGAACAUGCAUAUGCGUCCUAUCCGCAACAACCAGUACCUCAUACUUCCUCAUCCGUUCCUCCUUCUUCGUCAGUAGAUUAUCAACAGGCUGCCUAUCCGUAUCCGUAUCCGUAUCCAUAUCCAUAUCCCUGUCCUUAUCCCUAUCCCUAUCAAGAAGCAGGCAGUUACAGUGAAAAUCCAUAUUAUUACUAUCCUUAUUCCGCAUAUGAUAGUCAAUCGACAAACCUAGCAUCAGUUCAGCCGCCAGCACCAGUGCUACCGUCAGAAUCGGCGCCACAAACUGACAAUCCAGCACCACCUCCUACCGAAUCCCAUCCAACGACAAAUACCACUGUAGAAGAAGAUGAUAUGGACGUUUCCGAUAUGGAUGUGUCAGAUGCGGACGAUGCAUAAUGUAGAAACUAGUGAUUUUUUCUUUCCAGUGACGAGAGACAUGCUUUGUAGAAUAAAAUUACCACACUUGUAUGUAUCUAAUUAGUCAUUAUGUAAAGUAUAUUUAUUUUUCUUAUUGUCC